UGGAGUUACAAGGACCUUCUGACAGUCAAACAAUGGUCCUUUGAGGUCACAGAUAAAAUAAUUUCUGAGCAGAGAAGUUAGACUUCUUUCCCAAGUUCCUGGACCUGGUAAAUGAUGGAGUCGACUCUAGAAUAAAACAGAAAACAACUGAGAACAUGAUUUCACUGCCACUUUUGAGCACUGGAGGGGAAGAGUGCAGCUGUUCCUGGCAGACAUGAAGCCCUACUUCUCGUGCGUCUUUGUCGUCUGCUUCCUAAUCAAACUUUUAACAGGAGAACUCAAUGGCUUGGCCAAUCAUAGGAUGUUUUCAUUUCACGAUGGAAGUGUACAGAUUUCUUGUAACUACCCUGAGACUGUCCAGCAGUUAAAAAUGCAGUUGUUCAAAGACAGAGAAGUCCUCUGCGACCUCACCAAGACCAAGGGAAGCGGAAACACCGUGUCCAUCAAGAAUCCGAUGUCCUGUCCAUAUCAGCUGUCCAACAACAGUGUCUCUUUUUUCCUAAACAAUGCAGACAGCUCCCAGGGCAGCUACUUUUUAUGCAGCCUGUCGAUUUUCGACCCGCCCCCUUUUCAAGAAAAGAACCUUAGUGGAGGAUAUUUGCUUAUUUAUGAAUCCCAGCUUUGCUGCCAACUGAAGCUUUGGUUACCCGUAGGGUGUGCAGCUUUUGUGGCAGUGCUCCUUUUUGGAUGCGUAUUUAUCGUCUGGUUUGCAAAAAAGAAGUACAGAUCCAGCGUGCACGACCCUAAUAGCGAGUACAUGUUCAUGGCGGCAGUCAACACAAACAAAAAGUCCAGACUUGCAGGUACAGUACCCCUUAGGGCUUUGGGGAGAGGAGAACACUCUUCAUGUCAAGACCGGAAUUAAUUUGUUUAUUUCUAUUUUAAAAGAAAGACAUUUUUUCCCCUAAAGAUAAUUUUUGUAUUUUUAUGUGAAAGUCUGAAUUCUUCACUUCAACUGCGCUUAUAUACUCUGUAGUAUAUUAAAAAUAAUGUUUGUGAA